AUACUCUUCUUCUUAUCACCACCAACAUCAACAACCUCACAAACUUACAAUCCAAUUACUCUUUUCUCUUUAUCUUUUCUCUCUUUAACUCCUUUUUGAUCUCCGGCCACCGGUGAGCUUCCUGGAAGGAGGAGGAGGAAUGACAAAGGUUCAUCCCAACUCGGGAGACUUGCCGGAGAACGGUGGCCGUGAAGUGAUCACCGGCACCACAACAACCUUGACUGUCUGGCACAAAUCUCUUCUAUUCAACUGCAAUGGAUUCACAGUCUAUGAUGACAAAGGCAACCUUGUUUUCCGUGUUGAUAACUACUCCUCCACCACCUCCGGCGAAGUUGUUCUCAUGGACGCUGCCGGAAAACCUCUCCUCACCGUCAGACGAAAGAAAUUAAGUUUAAAGGAUCAAUGGUUGAUUUACAACGGAGAGGAGAUGAGAAAUCCAAGAUUCACAGCAAGAAAGCACAUGAACAUCUUGCAAUCAAAGUCUUUAACACAAGUAUCAACGUGUCAGAAAAACUCUAGUGUUGGAUCAGGAUGUUGUUAUAAUAUUGAAGGGUCUUAUACACAACGUAGUUGCAUGAUUUAUGAUGAAAGACACAAUCCGGUUGCUGAGAUCAAAAGGAAGGAGGAUGUUGGAGGGGUGGCUUUCGGCAGUGAGGUUUUCCGGCUUGUCGUUCAGCCGGAGAUCGAGUCGACAUUGGCCAUGGCCAUUGUUGUGCUUCUUGAUCAGAUGUUUGGAUCUAAAGGCGCGCUUUCAUUGAUUAGAUCUUGAGUGAUCUUGAGGUCAUUUUUUAAGAAGAUUUUAGGCUAUACCAAAUGUAUUGCAUCAAAAUCGUCGGGUACUAUAUGACAUGAGACAAUGAAUUUUAAGAUGAAUGAUUUAGAUAUUUUAGCCGACGAUUUGGUACAAUACAUUGGGGUGUAGGUUGAUUUCGGAGAGAAUUUUUGGUGCUGAUAUAUGGAGCCUUUUAUUGUGAUAGGUUAAUUUUUUUUUUUUUUCUUCUUCUUGUUAUAUAAACCUUGCACUAAUAAAAGGUGAUGGAGGAGAGCCAUUUAUGUUUA